ACAUUUUAGAUUGCAAGUUCCUCCAGGGCAGAAUCCUGUCCUCUGAGGCACCACGGCACAUUGAUGGAGCUAGAUAAAUAAUAAAAGGUGGCGAUGGUCGAAGUCCAGCUUGAGAUGCAGUACCAAUACCCCCAGAUGCUGCUCAUUGCCUUCAGUGCCUGCACCACCAUAUUAGUUGCCGUCCACCUCUUCGCCCUCCUCAUCAGCACCUGCAUCCUACCCAACGUGGAAGCAGUGAGUAACAUCCACAACCUGAACUCCAUCAGCGAGUCUCCCCAUGAGCGCAUGCACCCUUACAUAGAGCUGGCGUGGGGCUUCUCCACCGUCCUGGGCAUCCUCCUCUUCCUCGCCGAGGUGGUUCUUCUGUGCUGGAUCAAAUUCCUGCCGGUGGACUCCGUCUUGAGGAACGGCACGGCCGUCGUCCAGAAGACCAGCCAGCACACAGGCUGGCUGGCGGCCUUCAUCUCCACCAUGAUCAUGGUCCCUGUGGGGAUCAUCUUUGUCGUCUUCACCAUCCAUUUCUACCGGUCUCUUGUCCGCCACAAAACAGAGCGCCACAACCGGGAGAUUGAAGAGCUUCACAAACUGAAAGUGCAGUUAGAUGGGCAUGACAGGGGGUUGCAGGUUGUGUGAUCCUCAAUGGAUUAUACUUUUUAUGUUCCCUAUUGGAGAUUCGUCUGAGGAUUUUCAUAACUGGAGUGAAUGGUAACUGAAAAGAAAUAUCCCCAAAUGCCUAAUGUUCCCACUCGCGAAAUGCUGCCUGUUAGAUGGCUUUUUGUCGAGGUAUGGACAGCUGACUUUUUCUGGUAAUGGACAGUGUUACCCUGUUGAGCACUCAACACUUUUGCCUGCAUCUGUGCAGUUGUUUGGAGACUGACGUGUCCUUUUGAUGGCCACAUUUAUAGGCCGGGGGUGGAGAGAAGACAGAUUAAGCAGGGAGAUAACAAUUUAUUUCCCCCCCCCAAUUGCAUCAGUUUUAGUGAAGCAGGUGGGGGGGGGUAUGGAAUGAGGGAAAGGGUCUGAUGUUAGCCAGUGCUCUUGUUGGCAAUUGAUUUACAAGCAUUGCUUCCAGAGAUGAGUUUGUAAAUCAUGAUACGUUAACAUACUCUGUGGAAAUCUGUGAAAUGUCCACAGUGACUCUACAUGGGGGAAGAGGGUAUUUCUGGAAUAGUAAUGGAGGGUCGGGUGGGGAGGGCAGAAUGCAGUUCAAGCCGAUUGUCCCAUUUUGUUCAUUUCAUGCUGCUUCUAUAGGGUGGAGAGAGUUCCCCUCAAGAAAGGAAAAGAGCCCUUGUUGGCCAAGAAGAUCCAGUGAAUAAUGAGUGCUCCUUUGACUCCUUGGAAGGGCUGGAGACGGUUUACUUUCAAACACAAAACUAGGUAGGAAAGAAUGGAAGCUAGAAAGAGCAACGUGUAGUUUUUUACACAAGUAGAAAUGCAGAUAUGGAUGCAUCACCAAAGCUUGCCAUGUGCGCACAUGCAUGCCUGUGCAUCCAGUCUAAAAACCUCUAGCGUAGCGCAACCCCAAUGGGCAGACAGUCCACUUGGACAGCCUGCUGGCACCAUUUGUUACAUUGCACAAGGUUUGCAAGCUGACGCCGAGCCAGUGAACCAGCACCACUAAACCCAAAUAGCCGCCAUCAGCUGCUGCUUCAGUGGGUUUUUAAACAAAAAUUUAUCUGUGUGUGCACAAAGCCACUUCCGUGGCAUUAAAACAGGAAGAAUAAUUGCAUCGCAUGGGCAGGAUAUGGGGAGGGUCUGGAUCUGUCUUUUCUAGAAGCAUUCUGAUCCCUGCAGAGCUCACGGCUUUGAGACAAACCAACCUUGGUACAGGAGGCCCACAGGCUGUGGUGGCUGGUGACCGUUGGGAGUGAUGGGGCAGAAGGCAGGCAGGGAGACCCACAGUGAGUGGAGGCAGAGCCACUGACAGGCAGAGCCCAUCCUUCUGAGUUCUACGAGCACAAUAUUGAGAUUGAGGAGGAAGCUGACAGCCAGGGCCACCCCUUGGACUAGUUAGAAGCAAGAAAGCUGGCAGGCGUGGGCUGGCAGGUGAAGGCAGACUGAGGCUGGUGAGGCACUGCCCCACUAACCCCAAUGGGGCAGCCUCCGUAGCCCAUCUAUUCAAUGUGUCUUGGCUAACUCAAAUCAGAACAGUGAGGAUCCAUCGGUAUAUCAAAGGUUCUUUCUCGCGCAACUUGAUGAACAAAUUGGGAAUGAUGGCUAAAUUCAGCCUGGAGAAGUUAAGCUCUAAGGCUGCAAUCCUAGGAUUCCUUACUUUAUUAUGAAUCAAGCAGCCCUGUUGAGCUGGGACGAACUUUUAAGCAAGCAUGCAUAAUAUCUGCCCCCACCCUGCUAACUGUCCUGCUUCACAGAUGCACAUGUGUCCUCGGAGUUUCCGUAUUGCGAUCACAGAGUUUAUGGUUACAAACAGAUUAAGUGCUUUUUCUGUAUAAAGAAUAGACAUAUUCUAGAAGAAAAUGCAGCACUUCAACCUUUUUUUUGCCGUACAGACGCAGUUGCCAAAAUGUUUAAAUUAAUAAUUUGCAUAUUGGGAAUGGCUAUACCUCAUUUUUCCUUUUCCGCGCUUGGCUACGAUAAUUAAUAAAUAUAUUGUAUUUGCUUUAGGUCUCCCAACUCCUCUCUCAACAUGCACUAAGUUGUGAAACCUGCCUAAACUGCCAGUUAUUAAAUACUUCUAAACAACUUUUGUGAUGCCAAAAAUAAACCCUGUUGCUUCUUUUAA